AUGGAUUCUUUGGCUGGCGGGGAUGCGUCUGCACGAGACGAGGAGCUCGAACUUGGAGCCACGAGCGCUCAAGCCCACAUGAAGGUGGUCCUUACCUUCUGGAAGGAGUUCAACCUUGACGGGAGGCGACUGCAGCUCGACAAGCAGGGCCUGGAACUUCAAGAUGCGAAGGACGCCAGCCUCGUCAGGCGCAAGAACCUGGCCGAGCUCACCAAGGAGUUCCGCAAGAAAUCCGACCAGGAGAAGGUGGCGGGUGUGCAGCGGCUCGUCAAGGCGUACCAGGAGGAGAUAGACACCCUCGCCAAGCGGUGCCGCGCGUCGGACUCGGCGUUCUUCUCGCUGUACAAGGGGCUCUACGAGGCUCCCGAUCCCGCCAAGGCGCUGGAACGGUCCGCGUCCGAGAGACCCCGGGCUGCGGCUUCUGAGCUGGAAGUGCAGAAGUUGCGGUCGGAGCUGGCGGAGUACGAGGAGGAGUUUAGCAAGCUCAAGAACCAGGCGGCGGAUGCGAAGUUGGAGGCAGCAAGGGAGCGGGAAGCGCAGCUAGCAAAGAGCCUCUCAAAAACAGUUAUUGUCGACGGCACGCUCAAUAUUACCUCUUCUUGCUCCACGGCACCCUUAAAACAGGCCCAGCUCACGCGGGUGGAGCAAGAGCUGCAACAUCUCCGAGGCCGUGAAGGCAACGGCCUUUCACCCUCCGCAGCAACCAACCCCGUAACAACGCCGUCCGCAGCGGGACCCGCUGCUCCGGGCGGAGUUGGAGGAGGAGGAGGCGUCAGCCACGCCGAGGCGGUUGAUGCGGAGCUUACCGAGCUGACGCGCGUGAACUCGCAGCUGCGGGGGGAGCUGGUAGCCCGGUCGUCGGCGUGGAGGGAGGAGAAGGUGUCCCUCGAGGCCGCGUUGAAGACAUCUAAGGAGGCGUGUUCCGCCGAAGCGGCGGCCUCGGCAGGGCUGAGGAAGGAGCUGGAGGCGAGACCGACGGCGUCGGAGGUGAAGGCGCUUCGGCGGCAGCUGAGGGUGCUGCAGCAGCUGGAGUUCAACGCGAGCAACGAUGAGGACGAAGAGGGUGCUGAAGCGGAGGAAGCCAUGAUUGGUGAGGACGAGCCUCAUGGAGCGGACCCCGAGCACACCGCCAUCCACGCCGAGCGUACGAUGGAACAGGUGAUCCGAGGGAGGGUGCGGCGUCUCGAGGCCGACCUCACCUCCUCCCGCCGCCUCGCCGAGGAGCGAGGCGCCGACGCCGCGCGCCUCCAGCGCGCGCUCGACUCCGCCACCGCCCUUGCCUCCGAGCGACUAGAGACGAUCAACCGCCUAGAGGACGACCUGGCGACGGCGGCUGGCGGGGGGGGGGGAGGGGCGGGGACGCCGCGUGGGGGGGAGGGAGCGGAUGCCCUCCGGGAGCUGCUGGGGGUCGGGGAGGCGGAGGGGGGGCCCGCGGGCGGGGGCGGCGGCGGGGGGGCUGACGCUGGGAACCAUGGGGUGCUGGGGAUCGUGCAGGCCCAGCGCGAUCGGUUCCGUCGGCGUAUCAAAAAGCUUGAGGCCGAAAGGGAGGACGAGCAGAGGGAGACCAGGGCCGCCCAGGGGGUGAUGGAGAACCUCCAGCGGGACAACUUGCAGCUCUACGAAAAGGUUCGAUUCCUGCAGAGCUACCAAAGAGGGGCCACGGGGGCGGACAAGAACAACGUCCUCGCCGCCGCAGGAGGCGUUACCCCGGGGAUCGGGGACGUCGAGGCCGGCGGCGGCGGCGGCGGCGGAGGCCGCGGGGCAGCAAGGGAAGGGGAGGAGGGGGGCUCGCGGAAAGCAACGGAGGCUAGGUACGGGCAGCUUUACGAGGCGCGGAUCAACCCCUUCACCCAGUUCUCGCAGCGGGAGCGGCAGCGCAAGUACCAGGAGCUCACUGUGGCGGAAAAGAUCACGCUCAAUACCACCCGCAUGUUCCUCGGGAACAAGUUUGCCAGGAACUUCGUGUUUUUCUACGUGGUCCUGCUUCACGUUGUGGUCUUCACCACUCUCAACUACUGGACACACUCGCAUUCUCAACUAAUGCUCCAGGAAACAAUCGCAGAGCGCCAAGUGGAGCCAAGGGCCGCCGGCCCGGGGGUUUAGCGGCCUUCCCGUUUUUGACCCGGACCCUUGGUAGACAGGCGGGCGGGCGGGGGGGGGGUGCACACGCCCGAGCGGAAGUGCGCUCGACUUUUUUUUUUAAUUGUCGGGGGAAGAAACCCUUGCUUGGUUACAUCUUGUUGUUGUUUUGUUGUUGUCGCCGGUGCGUCGUGGUAGUGAGGUGUGUGCGUUUUGCAUGUCGAUGGAGAGAGAGAGGGACAAGACAGAAAGGACUCCCCGCCUCAGUAGUCUACGCAGCACAUUUGAUUAAGCAAACAUAUGGGAUGAAGUAUUCAAUCCGUGCUUUGGGGUUAGGGAUCGCCCGCUUAGGUUGGGCUUUCUCUGUUGCCUCUUGGGUCGAGCCUGGAGAGAGGCGGGGGGGAGAGAGGACCGUUGGAUGGCUGUGGGAGAGGGGCAAGGCCACACAACCUUUACCUUAGCCACGCGGGCACAUAGCGAAGGUGUGGGAGAGAUAGCGGAAAGCCGCCGGGGGGGACAGCAGCCCAUGCCUUAUCCCACGACAGCAGCAGCGGUGUUUAUUUAGACUUCAGACACGCACGGAGAGAACGUGGGUUCCGAUGGUCGGUUGGUUGUGGGUGUUUUUGUUGUUGCUUCUCUGGUAUGCUGCACUCGUUUUCUUUGCCGGCCGUGUGGGUUUGGUCGCCCCCCAUGGAAGUACUCUUGUUUUUUUCGGAGAAGAAGCCGGUUCUCACAUGGUUUUUUUCGUGUUCGUCAGAAGGCAGGGUCACGCUAAGCUUGUUGCGCCGGCCGUGUUUUCAGCCUAACCUCUUGUUUCAUUAAACGUUGCAUCGCCCAACCAUUGGACCAAGGUUAGGUUGUCUCGAAGGAGGAUGAGAGGGAAAUAGCGGGUGAGUCGACGUCUUUUGUU